CAGAGCAGUGGGUGCUAUCAGAGCCAAACACCUCAUACCACACACCAACAGGCAAACAGCUCAUAUCCACUAUACAUCGCCCCGAAACAGAACUCAUUCACUGUCUUCCAGGAUGAGUUACACACUGGAUAGUAUAGGGACCCCCGUUUAUCGGAGGGCAGAGUCUCGUAGCUAUAACCGCACCAGCGCAUCCCCGUCCACUAGCUAUAGACCCCAGUCAUGGGCAAGGACGAAUCCGGCCACAUUUUCAACUUCCUACAAGAGGACCACCACAGUGCCUAGGGCGUACAGCUCCACUGUGCUGUGCUCAUCCGACAACAUCGACGUAACCCCGUCUAUGUUCAACGGGGACUACAAGCGCUCCAACGAAAAAGAACAGCUUCAAGGGCUCAACGACCGCUUUGCCGGCUAUAUUGACAGAGUGCAUUAUUUAGAACAACAGAACAGGGAGAUUGAGGCUGAGAUCCAGGCGCUGCGGCAGAAACAAGUGUCGCACUCCCAGCUAGGUGAUGUAUACGACCAAGAGCUUAGCGAACUGCGCUCGAUGCUGGAGCAGAUACACCACGACAAGGCACAGGUUCAGCUUGACUCAGACCACCUGGAAGAAGACAUUCAGAGGGUAAAGGAGCGCUACGAGGAUGAGCUCCGAAUCAGAGACGAGACGGAAGCGACUAUCCGAGCCGCGAAGAAAGACAUGGACGAUUCGGCCCUUAUAAAAGUAGAAUUGGAAAAGAAAGUUCAGUCUAUUAGAGACGAAUUGGAGUUCCUGCGCAACCAUCACGAGGAAGAGGUAAGCGAUCUUCUGUCUCAGGUGCAAGCGUCGCAGGUUACUGUGGAGAGGAAAGACUACCUGAAGACUGACAUCUCCGCGGCGCUCCGUGAGAUCCGCUCCCAGUUGGAUGGCUACUCUUCUCAGAAUCUGCAACAGGCUGAGGAAUUGCUCAUGUGCCGCUAUUCCAAGCUGACCGAAGCUGCCGAAGUUAAUAAAAAUGCUAUCAGUGCAGCCCGGAAUGAGAUUGACGACUAUCGCCGCCAGAUACAAAAACAGAAUAUCGAACUGGAGUCUGUCCGCAGCACCAAGGAAUCACUGGAGAGGCAACUGAAUGAUAUCGAUGACAGACACCACAAUGAUAUGAGCAGUUAUCAGGAGACAAUUCACCAGCUGGAUAAUGAGCUGAAGGGUACUAAGUGGGAAAUGGCCCGUCACCUGAGGGAGUAUCAAGACCUGCUCAACGUAAAGAUGGCCCUGGAUAUUGAGAUUGCUGCAUACAGGAAACUUCUGGAAGGUGAAGAGACUCGCUUCAGCACCUUCAGCCCCUCUUUUCCUUACCGCCAACCCAUUGCCCCCUCCAAGAGCCCAAAAGACAAAAUUGAACCUCCCAAGCUGAAAGUACAGCACAAGUUUGUGGAGGAAAUCAUUGAAGAGACAAAAGUGGAGGACGAGGACUCAGAGAUUGAUGACUCCCUGGCUGAAGUGGCCGAAGAGCUGGCUGCUGACCUGAAAGAAGGAGAGGAGGACAAAGAGGGUGAGGCAGGAGAAGAAGAGCUGGUCGCCUCCACUGAGGCCAAGGUGAGCGCUUGUGCCCCAGAUGACCAGGAAGAGGAGGGAGAGAAAGAGGGAGAUGAGGAAGAAGAAGGUGGAGAUGAGGGAGAGAGUGAAGAGAAAGGAGAAGAAGGAAAGGAAGAUGAGGAAGAAGGAGAAGAUGAGGGUGAGGGAGAUGAAGAGGCAUUAGUGAUGGAGGAGACUGUACUCUGUACCAAGGUUUCUAAAUCUGAGACAGUACCUGCAAAAUCAGAAGAGGGAGACAAAGAGGACAGUGCUGAAGAAGAGGAAGAGGGAGAAGGAGAUAAAGAGGGAGAGAAAGAGGAGAAAGAAGGGAGUGACAAAGGAUCUACCAAUGGUGAGAAGGAGGAAGCAGGAGCAGAGGAUAAGGGUGAAGAAGCUGAGACUGUAGAAGAUGAAGAAACAAAGGAAGAGAUAAGUGAGGAGCCAGAGGUAAAGAAAGCAGAUAAGGAAGAUAUAGCAGUGAAUGGAGAGGUGAAGAAAAUUGACUCUGAUGAUGAAGACACACAGGGGAAAGAGAAGGAAGAUGUUGAGGAGAAACAGGCAGGAAAGGAAGUAGUGAAGGAGAGCCCCACCAAAGAGAGCCCCACUAAAGAGAGUCCCACCAAGGAGAGCCCCACCAAAGAGAGUCCCACCAAAGAGAGCCCCACCAAGGAGAGUCCCACUAAAGAGAGUCCCACCAAAGAGAGCCCCACCAAGGAGAGCCCUACUAAAGAGAGUCCCACCAAAGAGAGUCCCACCAAGGAGAGUCCCACUAAAGAGAGUCCCACCAAAGAGAGUCCCACCAAGGAGAGUCCCACCAAGGAGAGCCCCACUAAAGAGAGUCCCACCAAGGAGAGCCCCACUAAAGAGAGUCCCACCAAGGAGAGUCCCACCAAGGAGAGCCCCACUAAAGAGAGUCCCACCAAGGAGAGCCCCACCAAAGAGAGCCCAACCAAGUUGAGCCCCACUAAAGAGAGCCCCACUAAAGAUAGUCCCACCAAGGAGAGUCCCACUAAAGAGAGCCCCACCAAGGAGAGCCCCACUAAAGAGAGUCCCACCAAGGAAAGUCCUACAAAAGAGAGUCCCACUAAAGGGAGUCCCACCAAAGAGAGCCCAACCAAGUUGAGCCCAACAAAAGGAAGUCCCACCAAAGAGAGUCCCACUAAAGAGAGUCCCACCAAGGAGAGCCCCACCAAAGAGAGUCCCACCAAAGAGAGCCCCACUAAAGAGAGUCCCACCAAGGAGAGCCCCACUAAAGAGAGCCCCACUAAAGAGAGUCCCACUAAAGAGAGUCCCACCAAGGGGAGCCCCACCAAGGAGAGCCCCACUAAAGAGAGUCCCACCAAAGAGAGCCCCACUAAAGAGAGUCCCACCAAGGAGAGCCCCACCAAAGAGAGCCCCACUAAAGAGAGUCCCACCAAGGAGAGCCCCACUAAAGAGAGUCCUACCAAGGAGAGUCCAACCGAGGAGCAGACUCCCACAAAAGAAGACCCUAGUCAAAAGGUGGUGAUUACCAAAACUGUGGAGACUAUCACCACUGGAGAAGAUGGAGCCAAACAUGUCACCAAGUCUGUUACGGUGACAGAGACAGUGGAGGAAGCAGAGGAUACCGUGGAGGAGAAAAUGGUUGCUACCAAGAAGGUGGAGAAAGUUACCACUCAAGCAAUCAAAAAAGUCGUCACAGAAACAGAGUGAAUAAUUUAAGCAAAUGCAAGAGGAUCAGGGGUUGAGAUAUGGGGCUAUCCCUAAAGAAUAAGAAUGACAUGUUUUGAGAGCCAUUAGAUGCAACACGCUAAUCAAAAACGCAUGUCGAGUGAUAGCUUAUAAAUGGGCUUUACUGCAGUUGUGGACCUGCGGGUGAGUUGGGGGGUGUAAAGUAUUUGGAAAGGGGACACAAAUUGUCUGCAUGCUACUUUAAAUAAUUGAUUUUGGAGAGCAAAUUCUGAUGUAAGUGUAUAUACACAUGCACAGAGUAAAUGCAAAAAAUAAGCUAAACUUAAAUGAAAUGUGAUGAUGAGAUUUCACUUGGAAUGGGGAUGGGUGGGUUCUAAACAGUCAGGUGGGAUGGUUAGUUUAGUAAGGUGUGUAAAAGCUAAUGAAGCAGCUUGCAUAUGCAAAGAACCAACUGAGCCAAUAUUAAUAGUGGACAAUCUACAUGAAUACUGGGAUAGAGAAUUAAUAAAUCUAAGUUAAUAAUGUGAGGAAGUGGGAAAGUUCCAAGCCUUAAAAUGCUGUUUAUUCUUGUCAGCUAUGUUUACCCAGUGAGUGCAAUUUAAAUAAACACGCACAUACGCACACAUCCACAUACUGAAGGACAUGCAUUCAAAACUUAACACAACUGAGGUGCUAAUGUUCUCAAUCCCCUUUGAUCAAUCAUAAGCAUUUGCUCAAUAAAUAUACUGAAUUACUGUC